AUGAAGAUCUAUAGGCAUUGCGUUCCGUUCGCCGUCUCUCUUUUCCUGGUGACCCCAAUUUUCGGACAGGAAACUCUCAAUGCUACGGAUGACACAGGCGCCGUCCUUGUUGGCAUCGCACAAGGCGGAACAACCCUGUGUACGUCAGAUGACAUUGCCAAGAUGGACGUGAGCGGUUGUACAUGCCCAUCAACUUUCUCACCGUCACCCAAGGACCUGGUGUGCGUUACACCAUCGGGACAGUGUCCUAUCAACUGCAAUCCUCCACCCCCCGCGUCCCCCGUGAUACCUCGAGCCGAGCUCUCUCGAUGUUACUCGGGCUGUGUGAACGCCAAUUCCGAAUGCAACGGCUGCUACAUCUGGUUUUCCAGUCUGUGCAGGUGCAUUCGCGACUUCCAAUCUGGAACACAGACAACUUGCAUCGCCAGCCCUUCAAUUGGCGUUGGCCCACCUCAACCCAAUCACUCCCCUUCGUGGGUCGUCCUCGGUGGUGGGGACUUGAUUACAACUACGGAUUUGAUACCAGGGAUUUUGCAAUUGAGUUCUGCUGCUGACAUGGACGGAGGAUUUCGGCUUGGUCAGGAUACACUCAGAAACAGGGGGAUUAGGGAUACAGGAACACUUGCAAUAAAUAGUGUCUCCACGCGCUCCGAGGAGCAGGCUCAUAUUCAUGUCUGUGAUCAUCCUGGCAGUACUGUGCGUAGUAUUCUUGAUACACUGCAGCGGGAUAAUUUUAAGACGACAUCGUCGGUCGACCUGUCCGCUCUUCCUAGGCCCAGUGCUGCUAUGUCCUGUCGGGCAUCGCCUAACAAAGAUGAGGACAUCAACAUGGGCCGUGAUAUUUUUGAGUGGCUGAAGCAGUAUUUUGGCACGAUGACCUGUGUUCAAUAUGAUGUCGGUGCUGGAGUUAUCACUGAUAGUAAUGGUCACUCUUGGGCUUGUAUUACUACUGGUCAUAGAGCUGCUGAGAGUAUGUUUUGUAGUGAUUGA